AUGAUGGAAACCCUUCAUAUUUUAACUUUGAUCUUGUGUCAUCAAGUAGUCUUCCAUUCAUGUCGCAGUAUCACCGACUUCCCCGAUCCUCAAAACUCGGAUGCUGAAGAUCUAAACUACGAAGAUAUCAGAAAUAUACUACGAGUAUAUCCACAAAUGAUCAAGAGGAAAGACAAUAGCUCCCUUAGUCUGGUAGGGAUUAAGAAACAUAACUCAGGUCCCAUAGCUAUCAUUCUUGCCCCAUCAAAUAUAGCUGCUAAAUAUCAGCGUAAGCAGAAAAUACCUGGGCUCGAUAAACAUAGAAAAAAUUUAAUGAAAAUAUACGCAGAUGGUUUCACCGGUAUAGCAGAAAGGUCAGAAAUCGAACAAACUGAUGGAAAUAAGGAAAAAAUUGCAAACACUGACGUGGAAGAGGAUCAUAUAAGUUUAGAAAACUCUGUUAUCAAACAUCAAACUGUCGAUGAAAAUGUCAAAUCACCAACUGUAAAAAGCCACAAUCAUACACAUUUCAUUGUAGAUGAAAGUACAUUCAAGAAUGAGAACGAUGACUCAUCCCGUGAUAUAUUAGGUGAAUCAAAUUCGGUGCCUGAUGAAAUUGUAAAUGGUGUGGAUGAUAAAAAUAAUUUUAAUAAUGGUGUUUUAGACGAUAUCUCAACCGAAGAUAAUACAGACAUUGAACGUAAAGAGAAAGACAUAUCCAAACAUCUAGUUACACCGGAAUCUAAAGACAUAUCCAAACAUCUAGUUACAACGGAAUCACCGGAAUCCAAACAUCUAGUUAAUUCGGAAAAUGACAUAACUUAUUUUAACAUAACAGAUACUAAAUCACAAAAUCUCUCGGAAAAUAAUGACGACGAGCAUAAUUUGAAUAAGAGUUCAUCUAAGGUAUCUUUGAUGUAUAAUUUUGGAGAACAGGUCAACAAAGCGCUGAAAGUGUUUUAUCCUGAUAUAGACUGUAUUCGAACUGAUGUCCUAAAUUGUCCCUACAGAGUCAUAAACCUACUGUUUAAUUUUCACAGAUAAAAAAUAGUUUCAAAAGUUUAAUUUACGAAAAUUUGUUAAC